AUGAUCAUAUCUCUCUCUGGUCGACUCUCUCGCACACAUCAAUAUUGGAAGACUAAGAUCGAAAAACAUGGAGGAAAAGUCGCAAAUCAUGUAAUCGGAGUGACGUGUGUAGUCGUGUCAUCUUCUGAACGAGAUCGAGGAGGAUCGUCGAAAGUUACAGAAGCAUUAGAGCGAAGUAUUCCAGUAGUACGUGAAGCAUGGCUGAACGAUAGCAUCGAGAAAGACGAACCACAGCCACUGGACGCUUACGACGUCGUUAGCGAUCUCGCUGUUGACGGAAAAGGAAUUCCAUGGGACAUGCAAGAUCCAAGUCAAGAAGCGCUAGAAUCUCUAAACGCCGAAAUCAAGGUGUAUGGAAAGAGAGGCGUACACAAGGAUAGCAAAUUAGACAAAGAAGGCGGUGUGAUCUUCGAGAAAGACGGAAUCAUAUACAACUGUGCUCUUUCUGUAAGCGAUAGAGGAAGAAAAGUUAACGAGAUCUGCGUGAUGCAACUGAUAAUGGUGCCGGAGAAUCGGAUCCAUUUGUAUUACAAAAGAGGGAAAGUCGGAGCAGAUCCACGAGCAGAAGAAAGAGUAGAAGAAAAGAAGAACGUCGAUGAAGCAAUCAAAGAGUUCGCUGAAAUGUUCGAGGAGUUGACUGGUAAUGGAUUCGAACCAUGGGAACGAGAGAAGAAGAUUCAGAAAAAGCCGCGAAAGUUUUACCCGAUUGACAUCGACGAUGGUUAUGACGUCAGAUAUGGAGGUCUAGGGUUACGUCAGCUUGGAGCAGCUGCAGCUCACUGCAAGCUUGAUCCGUUUGUCGCUAAUUUCAUGAAAGUGCUCUGUGGUCAAGAGAUUUACAGGUAUGCGUUAAUGGAGAUGGGACUUGACGCACCUGAUCUUCCUGUCGCCAUGCUCACCGAUUUCCAUAUACAAAAAUGUGAAGAAACUUUACUUGAAUUUGUUGAGAAGCUAUUCAAGACGAUAGAAGGGGAAGAAGACAAACCUAGCGCUGUGUGGUCAGACUUCAGUCAACGAUGGUUCACACUGUUGCACUCUACACGACCUUUUAUCUUCAGAGAUCAUCAAGAUCUUGCAGACCAUGGUGCAUCUGUGCUUGAAACUGUGAGGGAUAUAAAUGUUGCUUCAAGGAUUAUAGAAGAUAUGAGUGGAUCCACCAUUGAUGACCCGUUAUUUGAUAGAUACAAGAAACUCGGUUGCUCAAUUUCACCUUUGGAGAAGGAAUCAGAUGACUACAAUAUGAUUCUUAAAUACGUUGAAAAAACCUACGAGCCUGUGAAAGUUGGGGAGAUUAGCUAUGGGAUAUCUGUUGAGAAUGUGUUUCAAGUGGAAGUAGGUGCAGGACCUUCUUAUGAUGAUAUCAAAAAACUCCCAAAUAAAGUUCUUCUAUGGUGUGGGACACGAAGUUCGAAUCUAUUGAGGCACUUGCAUAAAGGAUUCUUGCCAGCUGUAUGCACACUCCCUGUUUCUGGAUACAUGUUUGGUAGGGCGAUUGUGUGUUCUGAUGCGGCUGCAGAAGCUGCAAGGUAUGGGUAUACAGCUGUGGAUAGGCCAGAAGGUUUUCUAGUUUUGGCUGUGGCUUCUUUGGGGAAGGAAAUUACAGAAAUAACCUCGGUGCCUGAAGAUACGGAGUCUUUAGAGGAGAAAAAGGCAGGAGUGAAGGGUUUAGGAAGGAAGAAAACCAAUGAAAAAGAGCAUUUUGUUUGGAAGGAUGAUAUCAUGGUGCCAUGUGGUAGUUUGGUUGAAUCUGAGCAUAAAGAUAGUCCUCUCGAGUAUAAUGAGUAUGCUGUUUAUGAUCCUAAACAGGUGAUGAUAAGGUUUUUGGUUGGAGUGAAGUUUGAAGAACAAGAUGUUGUGUAUGAGGAAGUUGAUCCAGCUGGUGCUGAUACUCCUGUUGAGUAAAGAUGGUUGAUGUGGGUAAAGGGUUUUUUGGUCUUUUCUAAAAAGAUAGGAACUUUAGGGGUAGUAUGGUCUAUUUUGAUGUAAAAAUCAUUGAUGUCAUUUUGCAAUAUGUUUGGGCAUCAUGUGGUAGUACUAUACUAUCGGCUAUAUAUGUGUUUAUGUACUUGGUUCUAUGAAUAUAUAUAUCUACUCAUUGUAUAUAUUUUGGUUUUUACUUCAUUUCAAUGACUAGAAGUAAUUUAAUGUCUACAUAUUUUUUAUCUCUCAACAAUUAAAAUGUUUCAUAUAGAAAUCUGAGAAAAGAAGAGUGGGAAUUGGGAAUUGAGUAACGUGUGUAAAAGAAGCUACAAUGAGACGAUGACAAUGUGUCAUCUGUGAAUAGUUACAGGAGGGAACUUGAACUUAUCUGAAACGAAAGGGAUGGCUUCAGGGUUUGCGACUAGAUCUUCAUACAGAUCAUAUUCUGCUUCAUAAUCGUGUAAACUAAG